AUGGACUCAGGCCGGUCGAAGAAACGGAAGUCGAUGGCAAACGGACCCGACCAGACGGCCUCCCAGACCCGCGUCAGAGUCGAGGAGAACGGCAGUACCAAGGACGAGCCUGUGGAUGAUGCCCUGCUUGCCAUCCCUCUGGAUGCUCAUGGAUUUUUUCAACAGAUCGAUAUCAAGGAGCAAUCCCAGAGCAAUGUCCCUCGGCUCCAAAUCUUCGGAGUCACCGAAGCAGGCCACUCAUCCGCCCUCUCGCUCGGUGUCAAGCCUGUCCAUAGUCUCUCAGUGGCUUACAAGACCUCCCUGUGGGGAUACACUGGGGACACCCAGUCUCCGUUCUUGAAGAUCGUCCUGACAGACUUCAAACACCUUGAUGCUUUCGAAAGAGGAGAAGUCAACUUCCGCGAGAUGUUUACGGCCUGUACCACCUUCGAUAGCAAUAUUGCAUACACCCUACGCUUCAUGAUUGACAAGAAGGUCACGGGUAUGAACUGGCUGGAGGUUCCGCCGGGCUCGUACAGGCUUCGAGCGGAGCUCGAGAAGGCGUCAAAUUGUCAAAUCAAACUAGAAACCUCAGCCGAGACACUGAUUUCACAUGCUCCUGAGGGCGAAUGGUCCAAGAUGGCGCCCUUCAGAGUGCUCAGCUACAAUAUUGAGUGUUCAGGAUGGAAGGGAGUCUUCCCAGAUGCCCGACUAGACCCGGUGAUCCAGAUUGCCAAUAUGGUCACCGCCCAUGGUCUGUUGACCACGCCACAUUUGUACUGGCUGGGUGUGGAUACUUUCAUGGAAGUGUCCAGUCGGGAUGAAGUCUUGGGCCAAGGCAGUUGA